AUGACUACCUGUUUAGCAGGUAACGUGACAUCACAGAGAAUAGAUAAUCUAGUACCCUACACGUAUUACAUAUUUAAAGUGGAGGCGUGUACCUUAGGAGGAUGUUCCAAAAGUGAUGAAUCAAUCCAGGUUCGAACUCUAGAAGCAGCCCCGGAUGUGACAGUAGCACCGAAUGCAACAGCGUUGACUCCGACGUCUGUGGAGUUAAAAUGGCUGGAACCAACCCAUCCGAAUGGUGUUAUAAGUAGUUAUACCAUAGAGAGACGACUAACAGGAACAGAAGCAGUCGUUUUUGUUGGAAGGGUUCCUGCAACCCAGAAGGCUUAUAUCGACCAAUCAGCUGAUCUUUCUCCAUAUACAAGUUAUGAUUACAGGUUGAAGGUGGUGAAUUCGGCAGGGGAAGGUAUCAGUCCAUGGACAGCUGUUGUAACCAGACCCUCAAGGCCAGCAGGUGUAACGGCACCAUUAGUAGAAGUUAGAAACGCUACAUCUAUCUACUUAAAAUGGGUUCCACCAAUCAGAUCGAAUGGCCAGUUAGAGUAUUAUAUUAUACGUCUGCCUGAGCCUCGAGUUGAGAUACGUAAUACCAGUGUGUUAGAGACUACGAUACACAACUUGACACCAUAUACACAAUAUUCUGUUACACUUACUGCUUGUACAUCUGGUGGAUGUAGUGAAAGUUCAGCUGUAGUCAUAACAACAAUGGCCACCAUUCCAGACGGUCAGGCCCCACCAACACCUACAGCUGAGUCCCAAUCCCUAAUAUCUCUAGUAUGGCAGCCUCCGUCGAAACCUAAUGGUGUUGUUAUAGGCUAUGAGUUAUCUCGAAAGAAAAUAUACCAACCUUUAGAUCCGACUGUAACCGAUCUUGGCGUAUGGGCGAGUGUUUAUAGAGGAUCAGCGUUAUUUUAUGAAGAUCGGGGACUUCCCAUGUUUACAACCUUUGUGUAUAGAGUCACAGUGUUCAACAAUAUUGGUCAGAAAACAAGUGAACCAUCUCAGAAUGUGACAAGUUUCGGAGGACUGCCUCGUCGAGCACCAGACGUCACUGUCACACCUACAAGUCAUCAGUCGUUACUCGUUAGUUGGGUGACUCCAGAUCCAGUAGAUCUUCAGGGGAAAGUAGACAAAUUUACCAUUGAAACAAGGUCAAAUUCUGUGCUGUUGACAAAUACGACAGGUGCUGAGACGAACAGUUUUAUACUGGAGAAUUUAAACCCUGACACAGAAUAUACUGUUGUUGUUGGUGUGACCAUAUAUGGUGGUGCUUCCAUUAACAGUAAUCCAGUUAAGGCUCGCACACUGAACGGAGCUCCACAAGGAAUUUCACCACCAACUUUAGCCGUGAUUAGUGAGACUGCGUUACGUGUUUCGUGGUCAGCACCAAGUCAACCUAACGGAGAUAUAAUAAAUUAUAAUAUUUAUAUAGAUGAUAGGAUUAUAUCCACCAAUAUGUCCACUCCCAGUUCUAUUAUAGUCAACGAUCUACAACCAUUUACAGUUUAUCAAAUAAAGGUGGAAGUAUGUACAGUGUUCCAGUGUUCACAGAGUCCAACAACUGCCGGUACCACGUCUGAAUCUCUACCCCAGGGACUAGCGAAUCCUGUCUUACAGGCCUUGAAUUCUACGGCUGUUCAGGUGACAUGGAGUAAACCAAACAGAGAAAAUGGCAUCAUCAGAAGUUAUAAUUUGUGGAGAAAAACUUUAAAGAAAUGUGUUGAUGUAAGUCAACCAGCUGUGAAUCCUGAACAAGAGAAAUGUACGUAUGUAGAAUGUGGUAUAUUACAGAGUAGGUGUGGUCAAACGUGUUAUACAGGUACAAAGAGAUGUUGUAAUGGUGUUUUACACGAUGCCAUAUUUGGAUAUGAAUGCUGUGAUACAAAUUAUGUACCGAAACCAUCGACUGAUGCUAUCUGCUGUGGUGGUGCUUUCUACUCUCCGUUACCGAAUUACCAAUGUUGUGGAGCUAGAUAUGUAAUGGUGCCUGUAGGAUCAUCAUGCUGUGCUGAUACAGUAGAAGAUCGUAUCACUAUUGGUUACGGUGAUUCUUGUUGUGGAUCGGUGCCUUAUUCCAGUACAGGAUCCCAGAUCUGCUGUACCAAUCAGUUAUUUGGUAGAUAUACCAAACAGUGUUGUGGAGGACUGGUUGUCAGUGAUAGCGCUGUAUGCUGUGGUAAUGGUACCACAGGAGAGGUUUAUUUACCACAACAGCAACGGUCAUGUUGCGGUGAGAAAUACGUUGACACACAGAGUACGCUGUGUUGUACGAGUGAUACUGGACAUGAAAAGGUUAGUCCCAAUAUUUUGUCACAUAAAAUAGAACAUUGCUACAGAAUAUUUUUUUGGAUAAAUCUGAAUUACCACCAGAAUAUGUAA